GAGACAAGAGUAUUUGUUCUCUUAUACUUAUACCAUUUGGCUGCUAACAGCAGCUGGUCUCACAAGCUGAUAUUUUGUUUUUGUUGCUGUUCGCCGAGUUGUUUUAUGUUUCAUCGAAGUUGCGCAUAAAUUUAGCUGCAAAUCGUACGCAGUUCGCGGGCUUAAAUGCAGUCAUCCCCUUUCAGUUGCUUUCGCUAGCACUUGGAUUCCGAACUACUGGUCAUCAUCAAGCACACCCACAUCCCCACACACAUACUCAGAAACGAAGCAAGGACUCAAGGAUUCGAUUCAAGGACUGCAGCAACAAAAACACAGCCACGAUGUCGGUGGCCGGGCUUCGACAAUGUCUGCUUCUGUGGAGCGUCGACUACUGGAACUUGGAAGUCAUGGCGGACAAUGUCUUCAAGUCGCAAGAUAUCGGGCUGCGGGCGCAGAAGAAGAUCCUCUCACGCAUGGCCACCAAAAACAUCGCCAAGACCUUCAUCGACGGCACGACGGCGUCGCUGCUGGACAACCUCUACAGGCUCUGCAAGAUGCACACCGGGAACAAGGCCAAGGCGGAGAAGCUGAUCAAGAACAUCAUCAAGAUCGUGAUCAAAAUCGGUGUGCUCCACCGGAACAAUCAGUUCAGCGAUGAGGAGCUGCAGAAGGCCGAGCUCUUCAAGAGAAAGUUUCAGAACACCCAGCUGUCCAUCAUAUCAUUCUACGAAGUGGACUUCACGUUCGACCUGCCCUACCUGCAAAAGUCAAUAGCCGAAUCGCAAGUGGCGCUGAAGUCGAUUGUGCAGCCGCAUCUCACAGAGAAGUCGCUGGGCCGCAUCGACGAGGUGUUCGAUUUCUUUGGCGAGGAGGCGCUGCUGGAGACGGCCUUCCGACCGGACUCCCCCUACCGCGAGGUGAUGGGAAAGAUCGUGGCGGACAUAAAUGCCGCCAUGGAAACGGGAGACAUCUGAGGAGAUCCGCCAAGCGAGCUGAGCUGUGUGCUGUAGUUGCGUGCUAUGAACGAAAGGCUAUCUAUCGAAACCAAAAAGCAGCUAGUAGCUAGUUGCGAAUGGAAAACGCUUGCUUAAAGCUCACCCACCAACACCACCACCACCACCAAAAUACAAAAUCUAGGGAUAGAUUUGAUAGAUGCCUGGGAAAGAAAGGAAAAAGACAUGUGUUUAAGGAAGAGUUUAGUUAGUUUAACUAGUGAUAUACCAUUGACAACAAUAUCAAAAGUGUAAAGACGUCCGUAUUGAUUAUUUUGAUGACAACGUUAACAUUUGUGUACUCAAGGUCUAUAUAGUAAUAAUUAGGAAGAACCAAAUGCAUUUCGCCAAAGGAAUUCACUAAUCGGAAAUUGUAAACUCGAGCAAAAUGCUUUUAUCGGUGUGUAAGUCGUUGAUCGUAUGUGUGAAAGUAACUAUAUGUAUAAGUCUAAGUGUUAAAUGGGGAAUACUUCAGCACAUAAGCAAUGAA